AUGGACCAUGGGGCGCUCGCAGCCCAGGGCACUGCCCCGCCUAAGGAUGGAGAGCAGUCGGUAGAGUCUCCAGAGCCGCCGCCACCGUGGCCGCCACUACAACCGCCAGCGCCUCUGGCUCCACCGCCUCCCGCUCCUCCACCUCCGGUUCCUCUGCCGCUCCACGCGCCUUCGCCGGAGCCGGCACCACAGUUCUGUCAAGAGCCUGCUCCAGAAUCCCGUCCAGAGGCGACCACAGAACCAGACACAGAACAGAGCCCAGAACCAGAUACAGAACCGGCCCCCGAGCCAACCCCAGAACCAGCCACACAGCCGAUCUCAGAACCAGCUACGGAACCGGCUCCCAAGCCGGCCCCAAAACCAGCCACAGACCUGGCCUCUGAGCCAGCCCCAGAACCAGCCCCAGAACCAGCCACAGAAUCCUGCCCUGAGCCGGUUCCGGAGUCCUGUCCGGAGCUGAGUACAGCACCUCGUCUAUUGCAGUGUCCAGUGGUCGCUCCAGAGACGGGUCUAAAGGCCUUGUCAUCGCCCCGAGCACCAGUGCCAUUGUCCAGGAUAAAGAAAAUACUGAAAGAAGGACCUCUGCUGAAGAACUGUAACUCCUUCAAGAGAUGGAAGCUUAGAUAUUUUCUUGUUCGAGGACAAAGGCUCUGCUUUGCACACCAUCCUGCGUUUGCACGCUUUGAAACCAUUGAUCUGUCUCAAGUCGCCUUAGCAGAAACUAGCUGUCGAAACAUUUCUCACAGUUUUUGUGUGAUCACACCACAACGAAAAGUUAUCCUGGCUGCACCUAAUCGGAAAGACAUGGAAGAAUGGAUUAAUGUCAUAAAAACUGUUCAACAGGGAGAAAUUCGUAAGAUACCUGCAGCAGAAAACAACCCUUUCCUUGUUGGAAUGCACUAUUGGUACUCCAGUCACAGCCCCCGGACCCAACACUGUAAUGAAGUGGAGCUAAUGUGUAAAGUGAAGUCUCACAGAUUAUGUGCUUUGAGAGCAAGCAAAGACUGCAAGUGGAAUACCUUGUCUAUCACUGAUGACCUCCUCAUUCCUGCAGAUGAAAAAACUAUGCCCCACCAGUGGGUAGAAGGAAAUAUAUCCGUCAGUUCUCAAUGUGCAGUAUGUCAUGAGAACUGUGGCAGUUACCAAAGACUUCAAGAUUUCCGAUGUCUCUGGUGUAAUUCUAUGGUGCAUGAUGACUGCAGGAGACGGUUUUCCAAGGAAUGCUGCUUUGGAAGUCAUCGAACAUCAGUCAUUCCUCCCACUGCCCUAAGCGACCCUAAAGGAGAUGGCCAAUUAGUAGUAUCUUCAGACUUCUGGAAUCUUGAUUGGUCAUCAGCCUGUUCAUGUCCCCUUCUCAUCUUCAUCAACUCCAAAAGUGGCGAUCACCAAGGGAUUGUCUUCCUCCGAAAAUUUAAGCAAUACCUUAACCCGUCUCAAGUGUUUGACCUGGUGAAGGGUGGACCUGAAGCCGGGCUGUCCAUGUUCAAGAACUUUGCUCGCUUUCGCAUUGUAGUUUGUGGUGGAGAUGGCAGUGUGAGCUGGGUGUUAUCUCUGAUUGAUGCCUUUGAAUUACAUGAAAGGUGUCAGCUGGCAGUCAUCCCUCUUGGAACCGGCAAUGAUCUGGCCCGUGUCCUAGGCUGGGGUGCAUUCUGGAACAAAAACAAGUCACCUCUGAACAUCCUCAACAGAGUGGAGCAGGCUAGUGUGAGGAUCCUAGACAGAUGGAGUGUGAUGAUCCGUGAGACUCCCAGACAAACCCCAUUGCUAAGAGGACAAAUUGAAAUGGAUGUACCCCGAUUUGAGGCUGCUGCUAUCCAACACUUAGAAUCUGCAAGCACUGAGCUGAGCAAAAUCCUGAAGGCCAAGUACCCCACAGAGAUGAUCAUCGCAACUAGAUUCCUAUGCUCUGCAGUGGAAGAUUUUGUGGUUGAUAUUGUAAAGGCCUGGAGUCAGAUAAAACAGAACAAUACAGCAAUAGAGUCUGUGAUUUUGAAAAGUGACUUAAUGUAUGACAAGCUCAAUGUCCUAAAUGAUGUCCUGUCUGAGGAGGCAACAAUUGAGAAGUAUGCUACAGUAUGUGCAGACAUUGGCAAGGCAGAUGGAAAGCCCUUUGUUCCUCAAACAGACCACAUAGCCAAGUGCAAGUUGGAGCUGGCCACAAAGGCCAAGAAUCUCCAGAAAUCCUUGAAACUCAUCAUAUUCCAAAUUGAACAAGUUCUGGAUGAACAAACCCGACAGACAAUAUCAGUUAAGAACUUUACUUCAAUUUUCUUCCUGGAAGAUGACUCAGAAGAUACUAGCCAGAUGAGCCCAAGACAUCGUUCUCAUCGUGGCACUUUGUCUUUUAUACCUUCUCUCAAAAAUGAAGACCUAGAUAACCUUAAUUUGGAGCACUUACAUUUUACAACUGAAACUAUAUGCUUCAAAGAAAGGUGUGUCAUGAACAACUAUUUUGGAAUUGGACUGGAUGCUAAAAUUUCUCUGGAGUUCAACACCAGAAGAGAUGAACACCCAAGACAAUACAAUAGCCGCCUUAAGAACAAGAUGUGGUAUGGCCUCUUGGGAAGCAAGGAACUUUUGCAACGCUCUUACAGGAAACUUGAAGAACGAGUGCACCUGGAGUGUGAUGGAGAAGCCAUCUCCUUGCCAAAUCUGCAAGGCAUUGUAGUGCUCAACAUUACCAGCUAUGCCGGAGGCAUCAACUUCUGGGGAAGCAGCACAGCAACCAUGGAAUAUGAGGCUCCUGCAAUAGAUGAUGGGAAGCUGGAGGUAGUGGCAAUCUUUGGUUCCAUACAGAUGGCAAUGUCCCGUAUCAUCAACCUGCAUCAUCAUCGCAUCGCCCAGUGCCGUGAGGUGAUGAUAACCAUUGAUGGUGAAGAAGGUAUUCCAGUGCAGGUAGAUGGGGAGGCCUGGGUUCAGAGGCCAGGCCUUAUCAAGAUUAGAUACAAGAAUGCUGCCCAAAUGCUGAUAAGAGAUCGGGACAUUGAGAACUCAAUGAAAAUGUGGGAGUACAAGCAUACUGAAAUUCAAGCUGCCUCUCAACCCCAGCUGGACUCCCGAGAAUCUCAGGGUAUCCUCUCUGAUGAGGAGUCUGCCCAGAUGCAGCACUUAGCUCAGCUUGCAGAAAACCUCAUCAGCAGACUUACUGACCUGAGCAAGGUCCACCAGCAUGUGUCUGUCCUCAUGGAUUCUGUGAAUGCCAGUGCUAACAUCCUGAACAAUGUAUUUUAUGGCCAAUACAAUGGCAACGAGGCAGGUGCAGCUUCCUGUACUCUCAUUGAGACUCUAAGCAGAAAUGAUGCAGCAGAUGUUACAUUUAAUCUUAAAGGGCUCUACAAUGACACCAAAGCUUUCCUGGAUGAAAACUUGCUGAGAAAUGCUGAGGAUAAGGCUUUACUGCAAACCACCCUGGAUGCCAUGAAUAAGGAGUUUGAAAAGCUAUCUGAGAUUGACUGGAUGAAUUCAAUCCUUGUCCCCGAGGACAAAUUUUCAGACACUGACAGUAGAAGCCUCAGAUUGAAAGUUAAGUUCCCUAAACUGAGGAAGAAGAAACUAGAAGAGGAAGAUAAGCCUAAGUCAUGCCAAAGAGUCCAGGAUUUUGUUGGAAAUUUGUGGCAUCGCAGAAACCGUGAAGAUGAAAAAGAUGAUGAUCCUCCAAUAUCAUCAAGAUCUCAACUGUAG